AUCAAGCCCAUUUCCGGUUCCGCUUCCGCGGUCGGGAGUGAUGGAGUCGGUUCUGAGCGAGGUGGUGGCGUUGGAAGAUCUGCAGAGAUUUGAGAAGAAGUACAAUGCGGAGGCAAACACUGGCACCAUCUCCAAAGGGACCAAGUUUGAGUACGCCUGGUGCCUUGUGCGCAGCAAAUACAACGAAGACAUCAAGAAGGGCAUCGUGCUCCUGGAAGAUUUGUUGCCAAAGGGAAACAAGGAAGAGCAGCGUGACUAUGUCUUCUACCUCGCAGUAGCCAAUUACCGGCUGAAGGAGUAUGAGAAAGCUCUGAAGUACAUCAGGGGGCUGCUGAAGACGGAGCCGACCAACACUCAGGCCUUGGAGCUGGAGAAACUCAUCAACAAGGCCAUGCAGAAAGAUGGCCUGGUCGGCAUGGCGAUUGUUGGCGGCAUGGCGUUGGGUGUGGCCGGGCUGGCCGGCCUCAUUGGCUUGGCUGUUGCCAAAUCGAAAUCCUAACUGGCGUAAGGCCUUGUGUCCCCCUUACCUCUCGGCUGGAGCGGCUGGACAUGGCAACCGAUAGUCUAACCCUGCAGAGAAGUCAAGAGACAUUAAAAACGCUCACCUGAUGGCGACUAACCUGACCAUGAUUCCUGGCUUCCCCUUGUCCCGAUGGGCUGGAGUGCUUUGGCGGGAGGGCAAGUGGAUAUUCAGCUUUAGUAGCAUGAUAGAAGAUGGGCCGGAGGUGGGGGGAGGCCUUCAGCUCUGAUAACCUGACUCUCCUGCCAUGUAACCCAAAUUUUGGUUCUUUGCCACAGCCUCUUUCUCUUCCAGAUCUGGGUAUAUUAGUAUCUCCCUUUGCUUUCCUUCUCCGCAAUUUGCUGGAGGCCUCAGAAGUUCCCUUUCUGCCGGGCAAAAGCUGCUGAAUACCUGGGAGGUAAAUGAAUGCCUUUGAUUGUCUGGGAAAGAUUGGUGGUAUCUCUUCUGAGAAGCUGAGGUCCACCUUGGCUUUUAGCAAUGGGCUUGGCUGUUGUACGCAAUGGCCAGUUGCCUGGGAGAAGUUGGGAAGAAGUUGGGUUUUUUAAACCCCCUUUGCUGACCGCUUUUGUUCUGCAUGUGCGGUCAUGCCUCACGUGUCCCCCCGUCCUGGGCAUCUGCAGCCCUCUGUCACGUAGGUUCUUUAGAGCCAUCCUCUACUGGGUCAGUUGUGUAGGCUCUGUUUGUUUAAAUUUAUCUGCCCUUUUCAUUUAAGGGAGACUAUGGGAAUGUGGUGGCUGCAACAUGAGAAUUAGUUGUACCUGCCUUUUAAUGGAUUGAGGGGAGCCCACUUGGAAAAGUAGAAUACCUGCUACACGGGAGGAAGACCUCAGCCACAUUUUUAGUGUAGCGCAUCUGUUUUUGCAACGGUGGAAAAGAGAAAGAUGGAGGUUCACAUUAGGAAACUGAUCAGCCAAGAUCCUUUAACACUAAGGUGAAGUGGCAGCUGGUCUUCAGAGAUAAUCCCCAUUUCGCACCUACUACUUCCCUUCACUUUUGGUAAUUCACCUCCUUGCUCUUCUAACGGGUGCUCUUAUAUUCUUCUCUAGCCUCUGAGUUGAGCGAGGCAGAAAUGUGAAUUAAAAAGUUACAAUAAGA